GAAAGUAUCUAUUAGUUUUUUAUGGUUUAUGGGAUUUUGAGGCUUGGGCAGAUGUUCGGGGAUUUCUUCCAGAUGAUAACAUAGGGAGUCAGAAUACUGAUAACAAGUCGCGAGGAGAUGCAAUAUCCCACCAACACAGGUACGAACUAUCAUUGUUUUCGUAUGAGCACUUUAAAUGAAAAUCAAUGUUGGGAACUCCUGGAGAAAAGGUUGUUCCUGGAACAAAGUUGCCCUACUGAAUUGGUAGAGAUAGGAAAACAAAUAGCUAAAAAAUGUGAAGGACUACCAUUGACAAUUGUUAUUGUUGCCGGCAUUCUCCUCAACAUGCCGAGGUCGUACAACUCCUGGCUCAGUGUUAACCUUAACAUGACUACAAUGAUCUCUGCUAACCCAGAGUCAUGUUUGGACAUAAUUGGUUUAAGUUACUAUUAUUUACCACAUCACCUGAAAGCCUGCUUCCUUCUUAUGGGUGGGGCUUUUUCUUCAUACUGUGAGACUGAGGUAGAAAGGUUAGGCUAUAUAUGGGUGGCUGAGGGUUUUGUUGACAGCAAAGUGGAGCCGGAAGAUGUGUUGAAAGAUCCUGCCCGUAGAAGUUUAGUUUCCUUUUCUUGCUUUUCUUUUGUUGAAAGAUCUUGCAGUAUUAAUUAAACUCUCGAAACCUAUCCGGUUUGCAUAAACUAGAUGUAAUAAAAUGUUACUUUUGUACGGGGUAUAAGAGACCAAGAGCUUUGAAUCUCUACCAUUUGCCAAUUGGUCUGAAAAAACUAACUUUGAGUGGAAGUCACUUAUCGUGGGACGACAUGAAGUUUCUCUCCAAGUUACUCAAUCUUGAGACAUUGAAGCUGAAAGAUUGGGCAUUCAAAGGAUCAGAGUGGGUGCUGACUGAUGAUCAGAUUUUUACUUGUCUUAAACAUUUACUUCUUGACAACAUGGAUUUGAAGUUGUGGAAAAUUAGAGGUGAUGAUGACCACUUCCCAUGUCUUGAGCGUCUAGUUGUAAGGCAAUGCAUGUGGCUUGUCGGGAUCCCCUUACAACUGGGGAAUUCAGUGCCCUGAGGUCAAUUGAGUUGCAGUGUUGUUGCCAAUCAGUAGAGAAAUCGGCACGAGGAUACGGGGAAGAAUAUGGAACCCCGACUGUCACAAUCCGGGAUGCCGAAUGAUUAUAUCUGAAUUGCCACAGUAGAAGGGGAGCAAUUGCCUCGAUGCUGAAUUGUGAUCACAAUACGGAGUACAGACUACAGAGUUUCAGAAGCAGCACAAUUGUUUUACUCAUUUAAAAAAAAAAAGGGGGUGUUUGUUUUUUUCAUUCUUUUUUCAUCAAUGACAGAAAUUAUAGCAAUUUUAUGUAUUUGUAACGAUGAUUCUUUCAAUAUCUGUGUUAAUUGGGUAAAUGCGUUGAAAAUUCCGUUACCUUUUGCUACACAGGUGAUGAUCCUUAUUUUUAGGUUCAAGAAAACAAAAAGCAUGCAAGAGCCGAAAAUCACUAUGUGAUUACAUCAUGGAGAUUAGCAAUCUGGACUAUUUCAUGACGAAGCUAUGAAAGCACUUCUCUCCAGUGGGUUGUCCAGCCUAGUUCCGGCUAAACAAUCCGCAGCAAAAUUCGCCUUUGCAGUUCAUUUGUCUAACUUGUCAAUUUCUCGGGUACAGGUAUGUAAUUCAUUUUACAGUUCGACCACUGAUUCAUUGUUUAAUUUGUUUUAGCGCAUGAUUUUGAAUCAUUGUUUGUCUCCAAUACAGUACAUUCUUUAAAUGUAGUUAAAAUAUUUUACGAAAUGUCGAGAUGAACUCUUAUUCUUAAUGGUAAACUUAAGGAGUAAUGCCAACUCAAUCAGUAAUUAAGAAGGAUUUUCAGUUUGACAUUUCAUCAAACAAGUUAUCGUCAAAAUUAGCAGUCCUUUUUCUUCCACCAUUUUAUCGUAUGUCGCUAUUGACAAAAAAAAAAAAAAAAUAUUGCCUGACUGAAAUCAAAAUUGAACCCAAAGAAAAAGAAUAUCAAAAAAAACUUCAGAAAAAAAGAAACAUCACUUUGCUGUUCUCAUUUACUCCCAUAAAAAAAAAUGGCAGAAUGCAAACCUUUGUCUGCAACGAGAUUAAUAUACUUGAGUGUUUAAAUCUUCCGCGAUGAGAUUAAGAUCAGGCAAUUGAGUGUAUGCUUCCUUUGAAAGAAUUCGUUCCUUGUCCGCAUCUCCGAUAUCUCCAAUAUCUGAGCUUGUGUAAGGAAAAUUCAGAUCUAAGAUUUGCUUAGAAGCCAUGAUUUGCUGCUGAUUUUGGUACCAAUGAAUGGUGUAUUUUCAAAUUUGUUGUCGCGCGUUAACUUUUCGGAUCGUUAGUAGCCGUCAGGGGUAAUGAAGAUAUUUCAGCAGCUAAUAGCUGCUUUCCUCAAGUUUGUCAAAUUAUGCUUUAUAAAUAGAAUCGGAGGACUUCCUAAUACUCUCUCGUAAAUUAUUGUCCAGUUUGGAUAUUUAUUUCUAAUUCAAAUUGUAUACUAAAUAUGAAAAUACAAACUAGACAAUAAUUUUGGGACGGAGGGAGUAAUAUUUUUUUGGGUCGAGAAUUUACGGAAGUAUCAGCUUCAUUUUACUACAUUUGUAUUGAAUUAAUUUGAUGCAUCCCGAAAUUACUUAUCAAUCUCAAUAAUAUCUUGGUGAUUAACAAGAAGAUGACAGAUAAAUCGGCUGUCUGGGAAGAACAAAGAAUGCAUAAGUUGUUUCUUAGGCGAUUACCACAAAGACCUUGUUGUUGUGAUCCCCGGAGUGAUAUAAUGCCUUGAUAACAGCACGAAUAUUUCUGGAAUAUAUAUAUAUAUAUAUAUAUAUAUAUAUAUAUAUAUAUUUUUAUGCAAACAAAAAGUCGGCAAAUCGAUCCCACUAAUCUACAAGAACAAGGUUUUGUUCAUUAGCUUUAAUCCAUCAGCUAAACUGUGGAUUUCCAGUUGUUGGAUCAUCUCUCAUUAGUCAUUACAUUAACAGGUUCUUCCACUUCUCUCUCUGUAAAACAAUUCACCUGAGUUUUUGUCUUUUCUUGUUCCAAAGGACAUUGUUUUUUUUUUUUUUUUCCCUAACAACAUUGUUAUUUCAAGUGCUGCAUUGAAAAUUUUGCCUUCUUUUGUUGAAAUGAUGUUAAUUUUCAGGACUCCGAGCCCUGAGCAGCAGAAAUCUGUGAAGGACUCGAAAAUGGCAGAGAUUGACACAACAUCCAUUGAAUCAGUUCAAGCUGCGAUUACUUUCUUCGGAGAGAAAGAUGACCAUAAGAAACUCAGGUCAAUCUGCAAAGAUGCAAAAGAUAUGGAGUUGGAUAAAGAAAAAGAGAUUGAGAGCCUAAUGAAAGAGUUGGCGAAUUUGAAAGUUCAAAUGGAGGCAAAGGAUUCUGCACACAAGCAAGCCCUUCUAAAGCUUGAUCACUAUCAGAAAACAGCAGAUGAGCUUUCUGCUCUGCUGAAGAAUUCUGAGAUCGAAAAAGAUGCGCUCAUAAACAAUGGCAAGGAAUCCAGGACCCGUGUUGUCGAACUGGAAUCCACCAUUGAGAAGAUGUCUAAUCAGUUAUCCGAGAGUACAAAUUUACGCGAACAGCUUUCCCAUGUUUUGAGAGAGUUGAAGGAUACACAGGGACAACUUCUUCAAUUGGAUAUAGAACUUUCAGCUUCAAAAGAUGCCAAAUUUGAGUCCACGAAAAAGGUUGAACUAAUGGAAACUUCCUUAAGCUUAGAGAAGUUAAAGACUGAGGAGCUUCAGAAACAAGUUGAAGAGCUAAACGAAACAGUUGUGAAUCUCAAGAAGACGGCUGAGGAGGAAGAAGAGGAAAAGAAUGCCAGCAUUAUUGAAAAAGAGAUGCAACUAAAAGUGGCAGAAGCAGCGGCGAGCGAAAUGCAUGAACAGCUGAAAUUUGUGACAGAACAACUUGAGUUGGUGGAACAAUUAGAGAACCAGCUGUUACACAAGUCUGCAUAUGUUGAUAAACUCGAAAAAGAACUUCAGAAAGCGAAUUCCCUUCACGAAUCCUCAGAAAAAGUUGCAUUUGAUGCCCUUAGUGAAUUGAAUCAACUGAAAGCAGAUUUUGAAGUGAAAGAAAAACAGAACUCUGAUCAGGCUGCUUGCAUUAGCUUACUGGAGGCUGAGAUCAAGAAGCUGAAGCUGGAGCUCGCUAACGUGAACCAAGAGAAGGAUAUGCUGCUUCGGAAUGAAGAAGAAAUGGGAGCAGAAUUAGAGAAAGCAAGAAUUGAGAUAACUGAGGCUAGACAGAAGGAAAAUGCAGCAGAAUUUGAUUCCAGUCAUUCUUUUGAGGCUGAAAAAAGGAACUCCAAUGCCCUGGUCACAAUUUCGAAGGAAGAAUAUGAAAUGCUGGUCAUGAAAUCCCAAGAGUCUGACAAAGUUCAGAAGCCAGGACAGGAAACUGUCAUCACUGAGUCAAGCAAGUUGAAGAAAGAGCUGGAGAAUGCAAGAACCAAAAUAGCGGAAUUCAGGGCGCGAGCAGAACAGGCAAUAAGCAGAGCUGAGGUCGCGGAGAGGGGCAAAGCAGAACUAGAGGAACAGAUAAAGAAGUGGAAAGAACAAAAGGCAAGGAGGAAGGCUGCAUUAGCAGCAUUGCAAGAGGCAUCAGUUUCGAAAGAGAUUGUUGAAGCCUCGAGUUCUAAAGAUGCCGAUAUUUACAGAUAUAAUCGCGAAGCAAGAACUUACCAACCUCUCAGUAAGAUGCUGAACAUCAAACUUUAGGGGAGGAAAUUUUCUGAAUCGCUUCUGAUUCUGAACAUGUAUAAUUGGUCUAGACACAAAUGUUAUAAUUGAGUAAACAUCUCAAUGUUUUCAUUUGAAAACAGCAACUGACUAUAUAUUCCUUAACAAUUGGGAAGUUAUUGGUGAUUAAGUACUGUUUGCAUCACAGAUGCAUCUUUCCAUGAAGUAAGCUGUUGAUCAAGGUUCCAAACUGUCUCAAGUUGCUUCCAACAUUAACCAUUCAUUAAUGAAGCAAUUCACUGCUUUCUAAGGAAU